AUGUCGAUGUUUUCGAAAACGAUACAAUCUGAGAUAAUGAUUAGACCGAACGCAUCGAAUUUUAAUGGCAUCUUAAGUUCCUUGACUGAGGAAUCACUUUUGGAGCUUGGGAGACAGAUACAUUCUUAUGUGAUAAGAAGUGAAAUGAGUAGUAAUGUUUCGGUUGAAACGGCGAUUGCAAACAUGUAUGUGAAGUGUGGGUGGUUAGAGGGUGCUAGGAUUGUUUUCGAUAGGAUGGAAGAAAGGAAUGCUGUGGUUUGGACUGGGUUGAUGGUGGGCUAUACUGAAGACGAAAAAUUAGAGGAGAUUUUGGAAUUAUUGGACUGUGCCAAUCGAGCAUUUGAAUCGAUAGAUAAACCUGAUUCUGCGGCCUGGACUGCCAUAAUAUGUGGUUAUGCUUAUCACGGCAAUGUCUUUGAAGCUCUUACGCUUUUCAAAAUAAUGCAGAAUUCAGGUGUAAAGCCAAAUUCAAUAACAUUUAUAGCAGUUUUAGCUGCUUGCAGCCAUUCGAGUUUGGUCACAGAGGGAAAGCAGUAUCUGGAAUCAAUGAGUAAAGGAGGACCAACCAUUGAUCAUUACGAUUGUAUGAUUGACGAAGAAGCUGUAUUUUAUAGAAGAAUGAUGCCUGAAAGGAACUUGAGGAAAGAAAUCGGAUGCAGCUGGAUUACCGUCAAGGGCAAAAAGCAUCGGUUUAUAGUGGGCGAUCAACACCAUUCUCACAUAGAACAUAUAUACUCGAAACUGAAGGAGCUGAGCAUUUUUUUCAGGGAUGCUGAAGAUUUGUUUCUUACCGAGGAGGACGCAUUGAACGGUUUUCCCGAAAGGAAAGAACAGCUUCUUCACCACAAUGAGAGACUUACCAUAGCAUUUGGGCUUAUUUCCACACCAGGUGAUGCCCCUAUUGUGGUUUUUAAGAACAUCAGGGCGUGCAAUGAUUGCCAUGAGUUCGCAAAACAUGUUUAUGUGGUAACGGGGCGUGCAAUUGUUGUGAGAGAUGUUGAAAGUACAACACCAGCCCAAUAA